AUGGCGACGAUGAUGGCAGGCUACGGUGCCUAUGACAUUGUCCACCGCCUUGUUUUCUUUCCCGACGAUCAAAUCCUGCCCAAUGACGACCCAAUUAAUCUAGAAAUCAUCACUUUUUCUCUACAUCGGUUUGGUGGUCAGAGCAGAAAUUCAUACAUAAUUCGACGACCAACUACCCCCUCUGAAGAUGCGAGGGAGAUGUUAUUGCCUCUUCUCUUAGCUGCAGGAGUCCCAUUUAAUCAUUCUACUCAAUUGGUCGGCGACAUAUGUGCCCAUGCGAUGGCUUUGGGCGCAAUGAAUGGAUGUCAUUGUUGUGGUCAGCGCACCAUACCCGCCAUUCAAGUAGCGGUUCAUGUCCAUUCAAUGGAGCUCGAUAGUGGAAGACAAGCGACAAUGCAAGGCCCGGAAAGCGAGGCGGUUGAUAGGACUGCCUCGGCGGAGAACUGCGCGAUAUGUUUGGAAGAGUUGGGCAAUGGGGUGGAAGCUACUCAAUUGCCAUGCUCGCAUGUGUAUCAUGGUGGUUGCAUUGGUCGAUGGCUAGAGACAAAUUCAAGGUGUCCGCUCUGCCGCUGCGAGCUGUGUCGGCUUCCUAGUAGUAUUUGA